AUGGAAGCGACCAUAUUAUCAAACUGUGCAACAGAAUCAUAUCGUUCAGAUCCUGAAUAUUGUUCACACAAAACAGAUUACGAUGAAGUUUAUCUGGCAGAUCAUUUAUACGAGAGUGGCAAUGUACAUCUUCAAGACUGUUCAAAUCAACACUGGUUGCCACUGAAUCAAUGGUUGUCUAAAGAAAAUGCAUUAAGCAAUAUAUGGGUUGGCUUGUUAAAAAUGACCGAUCGUCUGAAAACAUCAACAAGUACAGACAACGUUGAUAAUAUCAAGCGAUUUCAAAAGUUAAUUGACUUUCUUCAUUAUAUUGCUAACAGAGCUUCAUUGAAGCCAUUCUAUUUGCAAAUGUUGAAAACAGCGUUGGAAGUAAUCCCCAAUACAAUAUCACCAACUGGCCUCUACGCACCAUUUAUAAGUUACUCAAAUAUUGAACAGAUUGACGUGGAAGAGAGUGGUCUUUCUCUAAGCGAAGCUUACUCUCGAGAACAAAAGAAGGACAUUAGGAAACUUAUCGAGAACUGUUUCCAGAAAGACGAGCUGCUUGAUAGUGAUUUGAAUGUCAUGACUAAGAGUGACAAAAAACAGAUUAAUAAGAUAUUGAUGUCUUUGCAGAAUAAUAAGAAGCUUCGAUUGUUUCUAGAAAAAGUUGAAAGGGCGAUUUUUCUGCAUCCUAUAAAACAAUUCAAUGUCCAGGUACAAUACAUCCCACAACAGUUCGAAGUCGAAUCUUCUGAUAAACAUUACCAUUUACAACUGCAAUAUAUGGAAAAUGGUAUUAAACCAACAUUAUUAUUGCAAGCGAACAAAAAAUUUCAUCAGAUGUACACAGGUUAUUUCAAUAAACCCGCACGAUCUGUUCAAACAUUCAAUGUUGAAAAGGAAAGUUCAUUUUUCAGUCGAUUCUUUCCUUCUGAUAACCAAGAUGAUAAUUCGUUGGGCGAUAUCUCUAAUUACUUUAAAAAUCAAUUGAAACAAAGUUGGAACAAAUUAUCGCCGGAAACUCAUACACAACGAGAACGACCAACAAACGAUGAAAUGAAUGAAUGUCUCAUGCGUUUACGUCAAGAAUCCCAAGAAAGUUGGCAAGAACUUAUCAAAUCUAUCACUGAAUCUAAUGUACAACUAUUUCAAUAUGGUCUAGGACUGCGUAUAACUCCAAUAACAUUAGUUUCUCUCUUUCAACAGAACAAAAAACAAUUGGAUUUAACAGAUGAUCAACGUACAUUACUGGGAGGUAUCCUUGUCUGUUGGACGUUACAACAACAACUUGAACGCGCGUUGUAUCUUGACACUCAGGGCAAAUUAGAAGAUUUAGCAAAAGAACUUUCGAACAUACCACAUUCAAAUUGGAUACCAUCUGAACAUAUAUCAUGGCUUAUUUUAGAACUUGAAAUGAAUAUCACCAUUCGAGAAAUGCAGGUCAAAGUGGCGCGUCAUAUGAUGCAACCAAAUUUGAAUCUAGAUAAACAAGAAGUUCAAAGUAUAGUUAUGCAAAUGAAUAUGGGCGAAGGAAAAACAUCAGUGAUUUUACCUAUGUUAGCUGUUGGUUUACCAUCAUCGUCUUCUAGUUUAAUUCGACUUAUCGUACUCAAAUCCUUAUUUCCUACAAAUUAUCAAUCAUUACGCUGUAAAUUAGGAGGUCUAAUCAACCGACGUGUAUUUCCAUUUGUAUGCCGUCGAGAUUUGAAUUUUACUAAUCAACAGAUCCAACUGAUUCACUCUCGUUUACAAAACGCUUUAGCAGAUUGUGAUGUAAUGAUAACUACACCUGAAGACAUUCUUUCUUUUGAUCUUCUAACUAUUGACAACUGUCGACAGUACAACUUUGCAACAGGAAGAUCAAUGUUAACAAUGCAACGAUGGUUAAAAACAUAUGUUCGCGAUGUUUUAGAUGAAUCCGAUGAGAUUCUACAUGUGAAAUAUCAAUUAAUUUAUACAGUUGGUACCCAACAGCAAGUUGAUGGUGGUGCUGAACGAUGGAAUACUAUUCAAUCAGUUUUAGAGUUGGUUAAACGACAUGCUGCUGAUAUUUCGAAUGAAUUUGAGAAAAAUGUUUGUUAUAAGCCAUCGGAACGAAAAAGUGCUUUCCCACAGUUUCGUUUACAAUCAUCGACACCAUUUCGAUCUCUACGUGAACGUAUCGUGAAAGAUUGGCUUCGUACUCGAAACUAUCGUAAAGACGCUGAAAAGAACAUUCUAUCAUUUGUUACGGACGCCAAUGUUUCAAUUGAAACAGUUAAAGAUAAAUUUCCUGCUGACGAUAUUCGAUCAUUUCUUGUCAUUCGAGGUCUGCUAUCGUCUGAAGUUCUUUUAGUUGCUUUAAAAAAACGCUAUCGGGUCCACUUCGGUGCAAAUCAAAAGGCUAACUAUAAUCGUUUAAUGGCUGUGCCUUAUCGUGCAAAGGAUGUCGUUGCUGAUCGUACUGAAUUUGGUCAUCCCGAUCUGGCUAUAGUCUUGACAUAUCUGUCAUAUUAUUAUUCAGGUUUAAAUGAUGGCCAAUUAACUCGAGUUUUCGAUCGAUUAACUACAGAAGAAAACAAUCCUGAAGCUAUUUAUGAUGAAUGGAUUGCCUACGAAGAGACAGAUGAUUUACCGGUCAAUAUCAGAGAAUGGAAAGGUAUUAAUCUCAAAGAUGAUCAACAAAGAACACACUAUUUUUUCCCUACAUUUCGAUACAAUAUGAGAGUGAUAAAUUAUUUUCUCAAUCAUUUUGUGUUUCCGCAUGAAGCGAAACAAUUUCCUCAUAAAUUGGUUUCAUCAGCUUGGGAUUUGUCAUCGUCGGCACGAAAACAUAUGAUCACUGGAUUUAGUGGUACGAACGAUACACAACUAUUACUACCAAUUCAUAUUCGUCAGUUUGAUUUGCCUGAAUUACAAAAAACGGAUGCGAUUGUCAUCAAUAAUUUGUUACAAGCUGAAAAUGAAACUUAUCAAUGUUUAGCUAUCAAUGCAUCAUCGAAUGAAAUCUUAGAAGUUAUUAUGAAAAGUAAAACAUCCGUCAAUGUUAUUCUGGAUGUUGGUGCUUUGUUUAUUGACGGAACGAACAGAGAGAUUGCUCUGAAGUGGCUGAAUUUAUCCGAUAAGAAUCAGAUUGAUUAUGUAGUUUACUUUGAUUCGGAUUCAAUUGUCGUUUGUGACCGUCACUUGCGUCAAAGUUCAUUUGAAACAUCACCGGCUAGUGAACGCCUAGAACAUUGUAUUUUCUAUGUUGAUGAGAUUCAUACGCGAGGAACUGAUUUCAAAUUUCCACGAGGAUUCCGAGCAGCAGUUACUUUAGGCAAUAGCCUAACAAAAGAUCGUUUCGUUCAAGCUUGUAUGCGAAUGAGAAAAUUAGGUAACGGACAUUCAUUAGCAUUUUUCAGUUCACAUGAAGUUCAUCAACAAAUUGUUCAAUUGAAAAGAAAUGUUCAUCAUAUUGAGGUAGUCGAUAUUCUGCGUUGGGUAUAUAAAAAUACUAUACAAUCAACUUGGAAUGGAUUACAUCAUUGGGCUACUCAAAGUCUUAGUUUUCAACGAAAACUUGCCGCUUUUCAAGAAAUUCAAUGGUCUGACCAAGAACAAGUAUUUAAUAAUGAAAUGAUGAAACGAUUAGCUCGAGAUAGUCUAGAAGCAGAAAUUUUGGAUUUGAGUGAUAUGCAUGGCAAACGAAAAGUUCCCGCAAUGCUGUACGAUAUUCAUUCAGCACGUUACGAUGCGACUGCCUAUGAUAUAACUGGGCACAUCCGCGACAACGUUCUACAAAGGUUAAGAAACUAUGGCGGUAAGAAGACACGGUUAGCACAGCUAUUAGACGAAGAACAAGAGAGAGAGCUUGAACAAGAAUUAGAAGAACAACGACAAUCAAAACGAUUACCCUCGGUUGAACCAUGUGAACCUAUUCUGCACGAGAUAGUCAAACAAUUGUGCGAUAAAAAUAGUCCAAUGAUCAAUUUAGAAGACCAUCCUAGUGUAUUUCAACGUUUACCUUUUGCAUUCAUAAACACGACAUUAGAACACGAAUGCCAACCAAAGAGUUGGUAUGCAAAUCUAUGGAUUUCAACUGAAUUCCAACGUGUUAUUGCUACAGAAAAUGUAUCUUUGAAUCCGUUUUUACGUCCACCACGUUGGAUUGUUGUCUAUCGAAAUCAACAAAUCAUUUUUGUUAGUCCUGAUGAAGCCAACUGGUUGUUCGGUCGACUCUCACAGAUCGACUCACCAAUCACCACGCUACGUUUAUUUCUACCACGAAUCAAGCGUGUUCAAUCGAUAUUCGUUAAUAGAUUAACACUCACCGUUCCUCCGUCGAUUAAUGUUUCCGACGAAAGUGAAAUUUAUCUUAUUCCAUUGGAUCGUUUAGUUCAGUUGUUGCUUUUCAAUGGUACUCUAUAUUUUGACAAUAUUGAAGAACAAACAAUGUUUUGUCAAUGUUUAAGUUUAUGUCCGAAAGUUCGAAAUGAAAUUGAAGAGAAAGCGUUUCAAUCGCAUAAGAUCGAUAUCGAUGGAUUUGUGCAUUGUGAACAUCGUGAUGAAUUGCACAUGACUCAUGCUCGCUUCAACGAUAAUCCAAUUGAAUUUGUUAAACGAAUUCUUAGAAUUCGGAAUAAUUUUCAUUCUACGACAACAUCACAUGUUGCUAGUAUCAUUUUCAACGCUUUUAAACUUCUUUAA